AUGCGCGUAAUUCCUCGUGAUGUCGUCGACCUCCGAGGUGUCACCGAGAACUCCGACGGCAGCCGUCUCCGCUUCGCCGAUGAUCCGAACGUGGAGAUUACGACGAUUGCUACCAAUGACAUCGGCGCCACGGAUGCGCUGCAGAAGGAGAAGAUCAUGGUUACAUUUCUCAAGGCCAGUGACGACUUCAAGAAAGACUUCGUCGCGCCACAUUUGCGCCCAUCCACCCCGGAUCUGAAGUCGCUCCUACAGGGUGCUGCGUCCGGCUCCGACUUGUCGAUGGGCACGUUGUUGGGAUUGCUGCAGAACCAGCUUAACGUGUCUGGCAGCGCUUCGAGCCAGCCGCAGGCAGCCAAGAUGGAAUCGCCACGUCCGGCUUCAUCUGUGCUGGGGUUCGAAUUCAAGGCCCAGUUGGGGGACAACGAGGUCGGCGGGAAGGUUGUGAGCAUGGAGCUGCAGGGCACCAUCCCCAUGUAUAAGGUGAAGUGGGACAACGGGACGGAGACCCUCCUGACCCAGGAACAGCUCUUCCCGUACAUGGAGUCGGCCAAGAUAUCCCCCGAGAAGAAGCGGGCGAGACCGGAUGCGCCAGCAGCGCCGGCGGAUUUGGCUGCUUGGGAAGCUGCUGCGAAAAUGACGGUGGAUAGCCAUCCCACUAAGAAGUGA